CGGUCAUGUACUCCCGCGUGCUGGCUCUGCCAUUAUCGAAAGAAAGCAUUUUACACAGACGACGAAAAGGGUCUUCUCAAGCCCUAAAUUCUUUUUGAAACCCUAAUCAAACCUGCAACUGUUUGCCUCGAUCUAUUGCAUAAGAUCCAUAGUCGAGGAGUCGCACUGUAAUUUGUUAUUUCUUGUCCUGAUUAGCUUCGAUUUGAGCCAAAUCUGGCUCAAAUCGGUAUAGGUUUUGCCAUAAGUUGAAUGGAUUUGAUUAAAUUUAGGUUUUUCCCGUGUUUCUCUUCCUGAUGCUCAGAGGGGCCUGGAUUUGAACGGAUUUUCAGUGGGCUUCAUACUUUACGACAUUGGCGCCACAACGCCGGGCCCAGCGCCACAUGGGCGGGCAGAUGCAGCAGAGCAAUGCUGCGGCAGCGGCUCUCUAUGACCACAGCGGCCCUGCAAGUGAUGCCGGCGAUGCUGUUAUGGCGCGCUGGCUCCAGUCCGCAGGCUUGCAGCAUCUGGCCUCCCCAUUGGCGUCUACGGGCAUUGAUCACCGCCUCCUCCCGAACCUCCUCAUGCAGGGUUAUGGAGCCCAGUCAGCUGAGGAGAAACAGAAACUCCAUAGAUUUCUUAGGAACUUGAAUCUGAGCGGGGAGUCUGAACCCUACACCCCGCUUGCCCAAAGCUCUGGAGGAGCUGCUGCUGCCGACAGCUUUUACUCUACUGAACUACGAGGGGACUUUGGAGCAGGGCUUUUGGAUCUGCAUGCCAUGGAUGACACAGAGCUUCUUUCAGAGCAUGCUAUUUCAGAACCUUUUGAUGCAUCCCCUUUCAUGCCCUCUGUUACCCGGGGAUUUGAAAAUGAUUUUGAUACAGUGACUAGCAGACAGCAAAGGUCACAAGCUGAUGCUUCCUUCAAAUCAUCAACAAAUGAAAAAGAGACAACUGGGAAGGAGAGCAACCUUGCCAAGAUUAAAGUUGUGGUUCGCAAGAGACCAUUAAACAGGAAGGAGGUGUCCCGUAAAGAAGAUGACAUUGUAACAGUGUUUGACAAUUCCUACUUAGCUGUCCAUGAGCCCAAGCUAAAGGUGGAUCUGACUGCAUAUGUGGAGAAGCAUGAGUUUUGUUUUGAUGCUGUUUUGGAUGAGCAUGUAACAAAUGACGAGGUUUAUCGUGUUACUGUGGAGCCCAUCAUCCCUACUAUUUUUCAGCGAACUAAGGCAACCUGCUUCGCAUAUGGUCAAACUGGCAGUGGAAAGACAUACACUAUGCAACCUUUGCCACUUAAAGCUGCUGAGGAUAUUGUUAGGUUGUUGCAUCAGCCAGUAUACCGUAACCAGAAGUUUCGGCUAUGGCUCAGCUUCUUUGAGAUUUAUGGUGGUAAACUCUAUGAUCUUCUCAGUGAAAGGAGAAAACUGUGCAUGAGAGAAGAUGGUCGGCAACAGGUUUGCAUUGUUGGAUUACAGGAAUUUGAGGUCUCUGAUGUACAUAUUGUUAAAGAAUAUAUUGAAAAGGGUAAUGCUGCAAGAAGUACUGGCUCUACUGGUGCGAAUGAAGAAUCUUCACGAUCUCAUGCUAUUUUGCAACUUGCAAUCAAGCAGCAUCGUGAUGGAAGUGAGUUAAAGGGAGGGAAGAUCAUUGGGAAGAUAUCUUUUAUUGAUCUUGCUGGCAGUGAACGAGGUGCUGAUACAACAGAUAAUGAUCGACAGACAAGGAUAGAAGGAGCAGAGAUUAACAAGUCUCUUCUGGCCCUUAAAGAAUGCAUACGUGCACUUGACAAUGACCAGAUACAUAUCCCCUUUCGUGGAAGCAAACUUACAGAGGUGCUCCGUGACUCUUUUGUUGGAAACUCAAGAACGGUCAUGAUCUCAUGUAUUUCUCCAAAUGCAGGUUCCUGUGAGCAUACACUCAAUACUCUGAGAUAUGCUGAUAGGGUCAAAAGUCUUUCGAAAAGUGGUAAUCCGAGAAAAGAUCAGCUCCCAAAUACUUUGCCUCCUACUGGGAAGGACUCGUCAUCAACAUCGUCAAUCCCACUUGCUGUUGAGCCAGAUAGUUACUAUGACUACAAUCAAGAGGAAAAGCCCAUGGACAUAGGCAGGCGAACUGUAGAAAGCUUUUCAUAUAAUUCUAAUGCUGAUGUUGAUAGGAAUCGUCAAAGUGUGCCACCAAAUUAUUCCUUUAGUAGUCGUGAGGAUGGUGGACUAAACUCGAGUGCUGUAGACAGGGAGAGGGCGGACAUCACGGAGACAUAUGGUGGUCCUACUUCUAGUAAGUUAUAUUCCUCAGCACUUGAGUCAUACCCAAUAGAGGAAGAGAAAGUUCAGAAGGUUUCUCCUACUCGUCGGAAAGUAAAUAGGGAUGAAAAGGCUGAAAAACAAAGCAACUGGCCAAGAAAAGAGGGCCGCUCUGACUUGCCCACCAUGGGCUAUAAACAGCAACAGCAGCAGCAAUCUGAUACAAAUUCAAACUAUGUAUCAAGACAAUAUGAAAGUGAAACCCAGCCACAUGAUGGGGAAAUCAAUGCAAUACUGGAGGAAGAAGAAGCUUUAAUAUCAGCACAUAGGAAAGAAAUUGAAGAUACAAUGGAGAUUGUUCGUGAGGAAAUGAAGCUUUUGGCAGAGGUGGACCAGCCUGGAAGCCUCAUAGAUAACUAUGUGACGCAACUCAGCUUUGUCUUGUCUCGCAAAGCUGCUGGCCUUGUCAGCCUCCAAGCUCGUCUCGCAAGGUUCCAACACCGUCUCAAGGAGCAAGAGAUUCUCAGUCGAAAGAAGGUCCCCCGUUAAGAAGAGAGACAGUGAGUCUGUUUCUUGUGUUUUUCUAAAUAAUGCACCUCAUCACUAUUAUAUACACUAUACAUCAAAAACUCUCUUUUUAUCUUUAUUUUUUAUCUCAUUCCUGUAAUUCUUCCGUCACUAUUGUAUUGUUGGGCAUCGACAAGUAUGUUGGGGAUCUGUUCCAGUAUGUGGUGUUUAGUGGGAUUUGACUGGGUUUCUACAGGUCCAUUUGGAAUUGGAUGUUGGCGAGUUCUGAUGUCGAAUAUACCCUCAUUUAAGGAAAGGGUGCUUUUUCAUUUUUUUGUUUUGUUCUCAACUCUGGUUAAUACUCUCCAGUGUUUGGCUGACA